UUAAGUAGCAGCUAGAUCCCUUGCAGCAAAAGGACCGUGAACUCACAGAAGCCACGUGACUGCAGUGACCUCAUCUGUCCUUUAACCGGACUGGAUCUAGCUACUACCAGGUGUCACAUUUAUAGCAUCAGACUCAGUCACUGAUGAUAAACAAGAUGAACAAAUACAGGAAGCAGAUGGCAGAGCAGUUCCUGAGUCAGGCCUUGGGUAUCAUCUGCCUGCUGACAGGAGAGGAAUACACCAUUGUGAAGAAGAGGCUCUCCCACAGCAGUGUUCAACAGCUGAGCGGAGAGGUGCCUAUAAAGUGUGAUGAUGUUGCUGUGUAUUUCUCUGUGGAGGAGUGGGAGUAUUUAGAGGGACACAAGGAGCUUUACAAGGACGUCAUGAUGGAGACUCACCAAGCACUAAGGACUAAGGAGAUCCCUGGAAAUGAGAACUCAGAACUAACAGGUCACAGAGAUGAAAAUCUAGACACAGGAGCACAUAGAGAACUGGUACAGAAUAUUCAGCUAGUGGAGACCCCGUCAGACGUCUCUGCAGAACUAACAGGUCACAGUGUCCUAGACACAGGAUCACAUGGGGACCUUGUACAGAAUAUUCAGCCAUCAGAUGUCUCUGCAAGUGACAUUAAUACUGACGUAGAUGUUAAAACAGAAGAUCUGAGUGUAACGUGUCAGCUGGAAGCUCCAAUGCAGGAAUUGUGUGACCGUGACAAUGAAGGUGAAAAAGAUGCUAAAAGUUUAUGUAACACAGAACAAGCAGAAGAUCAGGGGCUAGCAAAUAUGCCAGAAGCUGCAAAGCAGGAAAUAUGUGACAUUAUAAGUACAGGUGAAAACGAUGCUAAGAUUUCAUGUAACAUGGGACAAACAGAAGAUCAGUGGCUAAGAAAUGUCCAACCAUCAGAGCAGGAAAUUUGUGCCAAUAUAAGUACAGGUGAAGUCACAAACUGCAAUAAUCCUAGUCAUGAUCAGAGUGCAGAUGCUUCUUUACAUCUUCUUCAUACAGGAGAAAAGCCAUUUUCCUGUCCUAUAUGUGGGAAAUGUUUUAACUGUAAAACAAUUCUUGUUGCUCAUCAGAAAAUGCAUACAGGAGAAAAAGAAUUUUCAUGUUCUGAUUGUGGGAAAUGCUUUAAUCAGAAAUCAAAUCUUAUUCGUCAUCAGAAAAUUCAUAAAGGGGAGAAAGGAUUUUCAUGUCCUGACUGUGGGAAAUUUUUUAAAUGGAAAUCAUAUCUUCUUAGCCAUCAGAAAAUGCAUGCAGGAGAAAAAGCAUUUUCGUGUUCUGACUGUGGAAAAUGUUUUACUCGGAAAUCAACUCUUCUUUUGCAUCAAAAAAUUCAUACAGGGGAGAAAGCAUUUUCAUGUUCUGACUGUGGGAAAUGUUUUACUCGGAAAUCAAAUCUCAUUACACAUCAGAAAAUGCAUACAGGAGAAAAAGCAUUUUCGUGUUCUGACUGUGGAAAAUGUUUCACUCAGAAAUCAACUCUUCUUAUGCAUCAAAAAAUUCAUACGGGGGAGAAAGCAUUUUCAUGUUCUGACUGUGGGAAAUGUUUUACUUUGAAAUCAAAUCUCAUUAAACAUCAGAAAAUUCAUACAGGGGAGAAAGCAUUUUCAUGUUCUGACUGUGGGAAAUGUUUUACUCGGAAAUCAAAUCUCAUUACACAUCAGAAAAUGCAUACAGGAGAAAAAGCAUUUUCGUGUUCUGACUGUGGAAAAUGUUUCACUCAGAAAUCAACUCUUCUUAAACAUCAAAAAAUUCAUACGGGGGAGAAAGCAUUUUCAUGUUCUGACUGUGGGAAAUAAUUUACUCAGAAAUCAACUCUUCUUAUGCAUCAAAAAAUUCAUACAGGGGGGGAAAAGGAUUUCCAUGUUCUGACUGUGGAAAAUGUUUUAUCCUGAAAUCAUAUCUUAUUAGGCAUCAGAAAAUUCAUACAGGGGAGAAAGCAUUUUUAUGUUCUGACUGUGGGAAAUGUUUUACUCUGAAAUCACAUCUGCUUAGCCAUCAGAAAACGCAUACAGUAGAAAAAGCAUUUUCGUGUUCUGACUGUGCGAAAUGUUUUACUUAGAAAUCACAUCUUAUUAGGCAUCAGAAAACUCAUAUUAAAAGAAAUCAGAGUUUAACCUCCUAAGUGCAAAGGAAUAAUAUGGUAGUUGUCACCCACACAAUACCAAAUCCUGAU